GAUGUGGAUGAUCCUAAUCCAUUGAUACGAGCCUUGGCCAUAAGAACUAUGGGGUAUAUUAAUGUAGACAAAAUCGUAGACGCACUAGUUGAUCCAUUACGAAGUUGCCUGCGUGAUAGGGAUCCAUAUGUUCGAAAAACUUCUGCAACUGCAGUAGCAAAACUUUAUAUGCAUGAUCAAGUCCUAGUUGAGAGUGAAGGAUUUAUUGAUUUACUAAGAGAUAUGCUUGCGGAUUCUAAUCCUACGGUUGUUGCCAACGCGGUUGCUGCCUUGACAGAGAUAUCAGAGAGAUCAAAUAGCACAACAUUAAAAUUAAAUACGAUCAUCGCUAAUAAAUUAGCAGCUACAUUAAAUGAAUGCACAGAAUGGGGCCAAACUUACAUAUUAGAAGCAUUAAUGUCGUAUGUUCCUCAAGAAAUUGGUGAUGCUGAAAUAUUAGCUGAACGCAUCGCACCACGGCUACAACACGCCAAUUCUAGUGUUGUUCUUACAGCAGUCAAAGUAAUUAUGUACUUAAUGAAUUAUAUGACCAAAGAGGAAGACAUAGUCAAUCUAUGUCGAAAAUUGUCUCCACCAUUAGUUACACUACUUUCAAAUGGACCCGAAGUGCAAUAUGUGGCACUUCGUAAUAUCCUUUUAGUUAUUCAACGAAGACCAGAAGUCUUAAGAAAUGAUAUAAAGGUCUUCUUUUGUAAAUACAACGAUCCAAUAUAUGUCAAACUGGCUAAACUUGAAAUAAUGUUUCGCUUAGCUAGUGACACUAAUGUUGAUCAAGUUCUAUCUGAACUAAAAGAAUAUGCAACAGAAGUUGAUGUAGAUUUUGUCAGAAAAUCGGUUCGCUCGAUUGGUCGUUUGGCAGUUAAAAUUGAAUCAACGGCCGAUCGUUGCAUAGCUGCACUAUUAGAACUUAUACAAACGAAAGUUAACUAUGUUGUUCAAGAGGCCAUUGUAGUCAUAAAGGACAUAUUUCGGAAAUAUCCAAAUCAAUAUGAGAGUAUAAUCAGUACUUUGUGUGAAAAUUUAGAUAAUCUAGAUGAACCUGAGGCAAAAGCAGCAAUGAUAUGGAUCAUUGGUCAAUACGCUGAUCGCAUAGAGAAUUCGGAUGAAUUGUUAGAUGAUUUUCUUUUCACAUUCCUCGAAGAACCUGUAGAGUUAUCAUUGUUAACAGCAACUGUAAAGCUUUUCCUUAAAAGACCUACUGCGGGUCAAGAACUAAUUCCUAAAGUUUUAAAAUGGGCAACAGAGGAUGUUGAUAAUCCGGAUUUACGUGAUCGAGGAUAUAUUUACUGGCGCUUAUUAUCAACAGAUCCUGCCACAGCUAAGGCCAUUGUAUUAUCUGAUAAACCGCGAAUUUCUACCGAAAGUGAUAACAUGGAACCUGCAUUAUUGGAAGAGCUUCUAUUACAUAUUUCUAGCCUUUCAUCUAUAUAUCAUAAAUCACCACAAACUUUUAUUCCAAAUAGCAAAACUCGACACUUAACCCAUUCACCAGUUCUAAGUCGAAGAUAUCUUGGACAGCAUCAACAACCUAAUUUACUCGAUUCUGAUAUUGAUAAUUUAGCCUCAGGAUCUCUUGGAAUCAAGUCUAAUCCUUAUAAUGUUGACGUUGUCAAUAUUGGUGAAAAUUAUGUUGGGGACCUAUUAUUAGAUUUGUGA